CUGUGCAAACACUGUGUUGGCGAAAAAGUCAAACAGUUGUUAAACUCCAACUCCUAUCACCCCUGAUUAUUGGCCAUGCUAGCUGCAGCUGUUGGGAGUUGAGUCCAACAGUAUGUGGAGGGCUGUCUAUAAGUUUCUCACCCCAGCCCUGGAUUUUUAAAAUGUCUUCAACGUUGACAUUCACACACUUUUCUGAAGAGACGUUCAGAAAUUCUACCUGUGUUUUAAUUUGUCUUCUUUAUCUGUGUGUCCAGAAUUAAAGUUAAAUAAAAUAGGUUGGUGGUUGCCUAGUUCUCAGAGCUAGGGAAGCUGAAAACGUAUCGAGGACCAGGGGUUCCCCAUCACUCUCAGGCCAAAUAGGUUUCUGUAGUGCUUCACACACCUCAAUUGAGCACAGCAAGAAAAGAGAGAUGAGUGUUGUGUAUUGAGUCAAAGGAUUUUAUAUCUGUAUUAUUAUUGUCUGUAUUUGCAUUAAGAUAAAGUAACUGCCUUUUGGUUCCAGAGGGUACAGCUACUAUUGGCUCAUUUAAGCUGCUGUAUUUGGAUCCUCUGUCUUAUUGGUUUCCUCCAAAAGGCAGCACUGUGAUUGCUUGAUAUUGUUCCCUCCAAAAUGUAUCCCUUCCUAGCUAGUCCCCUGUCCCUAUAAAUGUAGCUUUCCUCUCCUCAGUCUUCAGUCUUGUUCACUUUAAUAAAGAGCUGUUACUAGAGAACUGUCUCCAGCAUGUUAUGUCAAGAGAGCUGAAAUCACAAACCCCACGUCACAACAACUGGCGACGAAGGUGGGAUCCGGAAUGCUGAGGAGCGGUUAAACACAACCCUGCCUCAGAGUCCGGAUUGCAGCUGAGAACAAGACUCACUGGCCAGCUGAGAAGACGACCCUGCCCGCUAGGACAAUGGAGAGUCCAAGGGUAUUGGAGCCCUUCCAGCCAUCAGGGCCCCACACCUGGGAAGACUACGUCGAACGCUUCGAGUUCUUUGCAGUGGCUCAAGGGAUCACCGAUGCCAGCAAAAGAAGGGCCACAUUCCUGAGCUACUGUGGGCCCGAGACCUUCAAGCUGGCCAAGGCAUUACUUGCUCCAGCGAAGCUGAGUGAGACAUCUCUCAAAGAUAUUCUUGCCUGCCUAACAAGCCACUUGGCGCCUACUGAGACCAAGAUGGCCCGGCGGAUGGAGUUCCAUAAGAGGCAGCAGCAUGCUGGGGAGUCUGUAUCCACAUUUCUGGCUGAACUCCGGAAGCUCGCUCAGCACUGCGGCUUCCAAAAUCUGGAAGAGACUCUCCUGGAUCGGUUUAUUGGUGGUCUGAGCAGCAAGAAAGCCAGAAGACGCAUCGUGGCUAAAGAAGAGGUUACCCUUGCUUCAGCCUUGAAGGAGGCCACCGCCACGGAGAAUUAUGAAAGAGAGGAGCUUGAUGCCAGUCGCAAGGCCACUAAGCCACAGAUAGAAGUUGCACAUGCCAUGGACGAGCUAGAGGCUACUCCGAGCCAGAGCCCAGUCCGUGGGGUCGAGUCGGUGCGUCAGGCCUGCACAGUGCACAGAGAUCGCCGAGGCAGUUGCCCAGGUUGUGGCGGAAACCAUGAAAGGAAGAGUUGUCGUUUCAGGGAUGCUAUCUGCCGGACGUGCGGAAAGACGGGUCACAUCGCCAGGGUCUGUAGAUCAGCGGCGUCGGGAGCGACAGGAGCACCUAGACUGGAGCAUCGCAGACCGCCCACAGCAACUCGUUUUCUAAAGGACUGCCACUACGUAACGGAGAUCAACGGGAGGGCCGUGCAGUUUCCAGCGCAAGGCAAGGCACACGUCAAGGUGAAGAUUGAGGGUCAGCAGUGCGACAUGGAGGUGGACUCCGGAUCCGCAUUCACCAUCGUGUCGGACCAGACCGCGAAGACAUUCUUCCCCAGGGGUAAGUUGCCCCCUCUGGAGCCCUUUCCGGCAACCUUGCAGUCGUACUCAGCAGGCCGCAUCCAUGUUAUGGGAAUGUGUGCCGUGAGAGUACAGUUCCGGGACAAACAGGCUGUACUCAAACUGGUGAUUGCGAAGGGCAGUCGCCCCAGUCUCCUGGGCACUGACUGGUUCCCUGCCCUGGGACUGAGUAUCUCAGGGCUUAAUUCAAUCCAAACCUGCCCUGAGAUGAGCGAGGUAUUAUGCAAGGAAUUUGCUGGUCUCUUUAAUGGAAAACUGGGUUGUUAUAAAGGGCCCCCAGUUGACUUCGAGUUGGACCCCGGGGUGGCUCCAAUCCGACUCAAACCAAGGCGAGUGCCAUUUGCACUGCAACCCAAGAUCGAGGCAGAGCUGGAUAAAUUGGUCAAGCAGGGAGUUCUCUCACCCGUGGACUCUGCUAAGUGGGAGACUCCAAUCGUCACACCCCUUAAAGCAAAUGGGGAAGUCAGGAUAUGUGCAGAUUACAAAUGUACUAUCAAUAAGGCACUCAGGGGAAACUCAUACCCCAUUCCAGUCGUAUCACAUCUGUUGGCUAAACUGGCUGGGGGCAAGGUGUUCGCCAAAAUUGACCUGGCACAAGCUUACCAACAGCUGCCAGUAACCCCACAAUCAGCGGAAGCACAGACUAUUGUCACACAUAAAGGGGCGUUCAGAGUUAACAGAUUACAGUUCGGAGUUUGUGUGGCCCCAGGGAUUUUUCAAGGGCUCAUGGAACGCCUGUUAAGAGGUCUGCCGGGGGUCUUGCCAUUUUUUGAUGAUGUUUUGAUUGCUGGAAAAGACCCACAGGAACUGGUUGCGCGUGUCCGUGCAGUGUUGCUCAAGUUCAAGGAGGUGGGGUUGCAACUGAAAAAAGAAAAAUGCAGUUUUGGGGUGCCAACUGUGGAUUUCUUGGGGUUUAAAAUUGAUGCAUCAGGCAUCCACCCCACAGAUGCUAAGAUUAAGGCCAUCAUCGAGGCACCACGACCACAGAACAAGACGGAGUUGCAGUCAUUCCUGGGACUUAUUAACUUUUAUCAUUCGUUCUUACCCCAGAAAGCUUCGGUAGCUGAACCAUUACAUAGACUAUUGCAGAAAAAGAAUGUGUGGCGAUGGGGGCGGGAGCAGCAGAAGGCUUUUGACUCCUUGCGAGGAAUGCUGAGUAGCAGGAGCGUCCUUGCUCAUUAUGAUGAGUCAAAGCCGCUGGUCCUGGCAUGUGAUGCCUCUCAAUACGGUCUGGGGGCUGUGCUGAGUCAUAGGGAACCGGAUGGGUCGGAAAAGCCCAUCUCUUUCUAUUCCCGUACGUUGUCGCCCACAGAGCGCAACUAUGCUCAAAUUGAUAAAGAGGCACUGGCUAUUGUGUCCGGAAUCAAAAGGUUCUAUGAUUAUUUGUACGGUCGCCAUUUCUCCAUUGAAACGGACCACAAACCACUGUUAGGGUUGUUCAACCCAAACAAACAAACGCCACAAAUUCUCUCCCCCAGAAUGUUGCGUUGGUCAAUAUUCCUGAAUGGGUUCCAGUACACCUUGACCCAUGUGCCGGGGAAACAGUUGUGCCAUGCUGAUGCGCUGAGUCGAUUGCCCCUUCCUGGCGGGAGCAAUGAGGAUCCUGCUCCGGCGGAGCACAUUAUGAUGCUAGAAACACUUCCGGGGGCUCCUGUAACAGCUACGGAUAUAGCUGAGAAAACUAGGAAAGAUGCUGUUCUCUCCCGUGUGCUCACUUGGGUGGGGAGGGGGUGGCCAGGUGGUCCGCAUGAAGAAAAAUUCAGGCCUUAUGCGACAAGGCAGCACGAAUUGUCCAUGCAUAAGGGUUGUCUCCUAUGGGGAGAUAGGGUGAUCAUCCCAGCACCACUGAGAAACAGGGUUCUUGAGACGCUUCACAUGGGACACCCGGGAAUGGUCAGGAUGAAGUCGCUAGCCCGAUGUUAUGUGUGGUGGCCUGGAAUGGACCAGAACAUAGAACAAUGGGUACGAACAUGCAAGGCAUGCCAAGAGGUGCGGCCAGAAGUGGCCAGAGCACCAGUCCACUGGUGGGAGCAGUCCAGGACUCCCUGGAGCCGGCUGCACAUAGAUUUUGCUGGGCCAUUCCAAGGGAAGGUCUUUUUGGUUAUCGUUGAUGCAUAUUCCAAAUGGUUAGAAGUGGCGAUGGUCCCUAACAUGGCAUCAGCUGCCGUAAUCAAGGUGUUGAGGCAGCUGUUUGCUACCCACGGGUUACCUGAGACCAUUGUAUCAGAUAAUGGGGCAGCUUUUGUAUCCCAAGAAUUCAGGGCAUUCUUGGCUGAUAACUUUAUAAGAGGGGUCACAUCCGCGCCCUUUCACCCAUCCUCCAAUGGGCAGGCUGAGCGCAUGGUAAGAACAGCCAAAGAAUCCAUUGCGCGCUUAAUGGAGGGUAACUGGUCGGCUCGCAUUGCGCGAAUGUUAUUUUUGCAGCAUGCGACGCCGUGUACUGCGACGGGCAAGUCGCCAGCCGAGCUGCUCUUAGGUAGAAGACUGGUAACGGUGCUGGAUUAUGUCCACCCAGAUAAAAUGCCAAACCGUAAUUCAAGAGCAACCCCCCAGGCUGAGACUGACACAACAAGGUAUCUCGCCCCUGAAGAUCUGGUCUGGGUGAGGAACUAUUCACGAGGUCCGCGGUGGGUGGCCGGUGUGAUCACCCGGGCUAGUGGACCUGUGUCCUAUUAUGUGACCUUGGAAAAUGGGCAAGUUUGGAAGAGACAUAUAGAUCAGCUGAGGCGCCGGGCGCUCAGCAGGGAGGAGUCAGAUAAUUCAUCCCUGGCUAAUGACGCACAGCUGCAAGACCAGAGUGAAAAUGGUCCAGAGGUACAGUCACCAGGGGCUUCAGCAAAUGAACCAGGGUCUGCUAGUCCUCAUGAUGACGAGGUACAGGUCGGGGACCCUGAGAUGUCUGGGACUCCAUCUGUUCCUGAUGAAACCCCUAUAGCAGCCCCUCCACCACAGGUAACACCCAAUCCAGAACCUGCAACACCUGUUGUCAGGAGAUCAGGUAGAAGUUGUAGGACCCCACAGUACCUGAGGGAUUACGUCUGCUGUGCUCACUAGGGGGGGAGGGGUGUUGUGUAUUGAGUCAAAGGAUUUUAUAUCUGUAUUAUUAUUGUCUGUAUUUGCAUUAGGAUAAAGUAACUGCCUUUUGGUUCCAGAGGGUACAGCUACUAUUGGCUCAUUUAAGCUGCUGUAUUUGGAUCCUCUGUCUUAUUGGUUUCCUCCAAAAGGCAGCACUGUGAUUGCUUGAUAUUGUUCCCUCCAAAAUGUAUCCCUUCCUAGCUAGUCCCCUGUCCCUAUAAAUGUAGCUUUCCUCUCCUCAGUCUUCAGUCUUGUUCACUUUAAUAAAGAGCUGUUACUAGAGAACUGUCUCCAGCAUGUUAUGUCAAGAGAGCUGAAAUCACAAACCCCACGUCACAA